AUGACUCUUCCGGCAAAUGUUCAUAUCUCUUCUCACCCUUGUCUCCAAGCCAAGCUCUCUUUAAUCCGCUCAUCCUCCACUACUCCCCGCGAGACGCGAGGCCUAGUCCAUGAUAUUGCCAACAUCCUAGGUGUCGAGGCCUUUUCCGGGCUCAAGCUAGCUAAGACUGGAACUGACACCACCCCUCUCGGAGUCGAAUAUGAAACGCAGGGCAUUGAUCCAGCAGACCUGGCUCUAGUACCCAUCCUCCGCUCCGGCUUGGGCAUGGUCGAUGCUCUGAACGACCUUCUCCCCACCCCUGUCCCAGUUUACCACUUGGGCCUCUUUCGCGAAAAAGUCUCCCUCCGACCAGUAGAAUACUACAACAAUCUCCCCUUCCACCGGUCGGAGUUGUCGCCGGCAUCCCCCGCAUCUCUGAACCCAACCACCAACACCGCAGCCGCCACACUGGCUGUCCUGCUAGACCCUGUUAUUGCAACCGGUGCAACAGCCGAGGCCGCAAUCCAGUUGCUCCGUGAUUGGGGCGUUAAGAAGGUCAUCAUGCUUAGUGUGCUUGCUUCGGAGGAGGGCAUUCAGCGUGCUGCGGGCACUUGGGAUCAGGUUGAGGUUUAUGUGGGUGGUAUUGAUAAGGCUGUUAAUGAGAAGGGUAUGAUUGUGCCUGGACUUGGGGAUAUUGGUGACCGACUGUUUGUCGCUGUUGGCAAGUAG